GUAUAUAAGAGUGUUCCUGUCCACAUCCACCUUCCACAUCAUCCAGCUAGACGGCGCCUUGUUUUCACGUUGGUCCUGCGAUCUGCCGAAUCAGAAACCCACAAUCAUGAGCCAGCUGGAGACCGCCAUGGCCCUUCUCAUGCAGUCUUUCGACAAGUAUGCAUGCACCGAGGGGAAAAAGGACACGCUGACCAAGGCCGAGUUGAAGACUAUGCUGGAGCAAGAAUUACCCGGCUUCAAGAAGAAUUCUAAGAACCAGGCAGAGGUGGACAAGCUGAUGGACGCCCUGGACCGCAACAAAGACCAAGAGGUGGACUUCACGGAGUUUGUUACCUUUGUUUCUGCCAUGACCUGCAUGUGCCAUGACCGCUGCCCCAAGAAGUGAAUGAGACCCCCCGAAACCCCUGAAGAGGGUUCUCCAUCACCCUCUCACUCAGCCGAACCUGUAUAUCCUCACCAGUUUCACACUCUGUACAGACCCUGUAAGCCAUUCAUAUUGUGAUAAUUGAUAAAGUGAUUAAACAAAGGAGUGGAAUGUGGAAUAAAGUAUCUUUAAAAUAA